CCAACUCCCAACUCCCAGCCAAUUUUCCUAUUUCCCUCUCUCAGAUGCUUCCACUUCCUGUUCCCCUCCGCCUCCAUGAUCCAUCCAUCUCUUUCUAGGGUUUCAUAAACCAGUCGAAUUUAAUUGAAAUCGCCAACAUGGCUACAUCAGCCUUCAAGUCCACCUCCAGAAGAGCAACCGCCUCCGAGCGCUCCCCGGACAAAAACGCCCCAAUCCGACGGUCCCACAGCGUUAGCGCCUUGUCCAGAACCCACCACCGCCACCACCAUCUUCCCCAACACGACGUCGCUUCCGAGUUCUCGAACAAGAGGGACAACCCUCUUUUCUGGACCAGCGCCUCUCCGCCGGAUGACAAGGAGGUUGGAAGCUCCGCCGCCGCGGCCGAAACCGGCUCCGCGGAGAGGGGCAGAUCGGUCGUUAGGAACUCCGAUCUCGUUGGCAAGAAAGUUGUUGAGAGCGGGAAGAAGAAGGACGUGCCGGGUCGGAGUUUGUCCAGGGUGGAUACGGGGCGGCGGCGGCGCUCCGUUUCCAGGAGCCAUUAUGCAGCGUAUGAGAGUGAAGUGGAACGAGACUCUGUUGUCUUAUUAAAUUCUCGAAGCAAAGUUAGUUCGGAUGUGGGUGCUAAUAGAGGGAAGAAAGAUAACUUAGUUAGAAAUGCAGCUGAUAUGCGAGGAAGGUCCACAGAUCGUCAACCUCUCAAGCCUAAAGAUACUUCUGCUUCUUAUUUGCAAGUACCGAAUGGUGAAGAUGGAAUCUCUGCUGGUUCUUUUUUGGAAGCCGAAGAGAAGACUAUUAAAGCAGUUUGUGAACAGAUGAAGACAAUACAGGGAGACCAGAUGGGAAGAGGUGACACUGCUGCAAAUGGAAUAUAUGAGACCGUUCGAUCUGAAGUAAGACGUGCCAUCUCAGAUAUCCAAAAUGACCUUGGAAGCGUAAUCCAAAGGAACAAUGCUACCAGUAUUGCAUGCACAAAUGUUGCUGAUAUUCCUCCAGAUUUGGUUAAUCCUGGGGCUGUUGAACUAGUCUUGGACAUCAGAAGGGAAUACGCUACGAAGUUUGAGGAGUCCCAAGAACGGGCUACUAAACUUAGAGCAGAUCUGGCUGUAGAGGAGCACCGGGGACAAGAGUUGAGUAGAAUACUCAAAGAGAUACUUCCAGAUCCAAAGACAAAUAGUGUGCAGAAAUCUCGUCCAAGAAGAAAGCAUAGCAGUGAAAGAACAAAGAUGUCAAAGCGCCUGACAGAAGAAGCCAUGACCUUUUUUGACGAGUGCGUGUCCAUAUCAACUUUUGACAGUUCUGAUUUCUCAGCACCGGAAGAUCUGCCUCUAAAUUCAGUUGGCACUCCUACACCAGUGUGUGGGAUUGCAUCUUUAGCCCAAGGUAGCCCAAGCAUUUCAAGCACUGGUUGCCUCGACUAUAAGCAGGAAUCAGCUGGUCGUGUCAUGCAUAGCCAAAUGGAUUCUAGUUUAACUGCUGGCAGCAGCACUGAUGAACCCAUGAUAAAUCAAGCAAGUUUAAGUGGAGGAAACAACGCAGAAUUGGGUCGGAAAUCAAGAUUCUCCUUCAGUCGGAAACCAACUGAAAAUGCUGGGCUCCGACUAGACAUUACAAACUACAUUAAAAACAUUGAAAAAGAGUAUGAAAAUGGUGGCAGCAAUUCAGAGACCUCAAAAUCAAACUACUAUGAUGGGCUGUUUCAUGGUUACACGGAAAACUUGUUGUUUGACAGGGUACUGUUAAAGAACCAAAUAGACUCUGGGAGUUUGCAUCUGUGUGGUGGAGGUUUGGCAGUUUCGUUUUCUCCUUUGGGCUCUAAUCGUUGAACAAAAACCACAGCUGUCGUCAAAAUUCAAGCACAUAAUAUGCAUGGAAGAUAGUGUUUUUCUUUUUUCCUUUUCUGGUUGCCGCCUUCUAUGGCUAUGUCUGAUGUUCUUAUCCCUGUUGUAUCAUAGUUGAUAAAGUUGUAAAUAGAAUAUGCUUGAUCCGAUGAGUGGUGAUAUAAUUUAGUCAAAACUAUAGAAAACCAAUUUCUGUGUAAAGCCUUGUUGUGUGGCUGUGGUCAUGCUCAUGUACUCAUUUUGUAAUGUAUAAAUUAUGGGAUGUACUUAGAUUUUGUAUUUUCAGAGAGAGAGAGACCCGAACUUCUGUACAUGUAUUUUUGUGGAAUUUCUGUUCUGUUUCUUGUCAAUUUAUAACCCGGUAGAGAAGAUAAAGAUUUCAGUUUCUUU